AUGAGGGCUUCAAUCGUCUCGGCUAUCGCCCUUGUGCCUUUGGCGCUCGGUGCGACUGUUCCUAGAUCGACCAAGGUUGACUACAAUGGCUUCAAAGGUCUUCGCAUCACUCUCCCCGAGGGCAAUGCUGAUGUUGCGGAUAAGAUCGACGAGCUGGCUGCAACCGUUUUGAACCCCGGUUCCAAGGACAAGCUCGACGUUGUCGUCUCUCCGGAGAACCUCGAUGCCAUCAGUCAACUUGCCAACACCACGAUUCUCGUUGAGGACAUCGGUGCUGCCUUCGCCGAGGAAGAGGUUUCGACUGUCUAUGCUGUGCCAAGCGAAUCAUGGUUCACGGCCUACCACAGCUACGCCGACCACUUGGCCUUCCUCAAAGACCUUCAGAGCAGCUUUCCUGGCCAGUCUGAAAUCUUCACCGCUGGAUCUUCUUUCCAGGGACGCGCAUUGACCGGUAUUCACAUCUGGGGCAGCGGAGGCAAGGGUUCGAAGCCAGCUGUUGUUCUUCAUGGUACUAUUCACGCUCGCGAGUGGAUCAGCACGAUGACAACCGAGUACUUGGCCUACCAGCUCCUGGCGAAGUACUCGUCCGAUUCUGCCAUCAAGUCCGUUGUAGACAAGUACGACUUCUACAUCACCCCGGUCGCUAACCCUGACGGUUUUGUCUAUACCCAGACCACCAAUCGCCUGUGGCGGAAGAACCGUCAGACCAACACUGGCAGCUCUUGCAUUGGUCGUGACCCCAACCGCAACUGGCCGUACAAGUGGGAGCUUACAGGAGGCGCUUCAACCAGCCCUUGCUCUGAGACCUACAAGGGCGCCUCCGCGGGUGACGCGCCGGAGAUUAAGGGUCUGAAAGCCCAGAUUGACUCGCUAUCUGCGUCCCAGGGGGGCAUAACGCUUUAUCUGGACAUUCACUCGUACGGCCAAUACAUCUUGUGGCCAUUCGGGUACGACUGCAACUAUGUCGCUCCUGAUGAUGCUGCUCUCAGAGCCCUGGCUCAACGCGGUGCCACCGGCAUCCGCGGUGUUUCGGGAACCAGCUACACGAUUGGGAAUGCCUGUCGUGCCUUAUAUGCCACGACUGGCGAUAGCACCGACUACAUCCACGGCGUUGCGAAGUCCAAGUACACCUACACCCUUGAACUGAGAGACAGGGGUACCUAUGGCUUCUCUCUACCUGCCAGUCAGAUCCAGCCCACUGUUCGUGAGACUUGGGCAGGUGUCCUUGCCAUGCUUCAGGCUGCCUAA